AUGCUCCCUGGGUAUGGAUUCUCACCUCUCCCUGACUUUCAGCCCCACCUUAAUGCUUUUGGCUGCCGAGGAAAAAAUCCCAGCAUGUGGAUCCCUGGCUCAGGCGAGUCCCAGGCUCUGAGUGAGGCCCGAGACGACAGGCUCCCCCUAACAUCGUGCCACCACAAGCACAUUGCUGUGUGCCAGCAGGAGACAUUAGCUUUUAUCGAGCUACAGCCCCCAGUGACUCCUAAAAUCAAUGGUCUUGGCUCUCCGAGGGCGACUUUUCCUCUGGACACGCAGUGCACAAUACAUUCCCUCUCCCUAAACAGUUUCAGACAGACAGUGAAUGAACUGAAAGAGGAAGCCAAUGGGAGUAACCCUAACUUUUCCCCUGAAACAAACUUGAAUUUGGACUCCAGGACAUUGGUUGACGAGGACAUGCCUGAAGGCCAGAAUGGCAUCGGGAUUGAUGUUUCCUCUCAGGAGCAGGCCAAGAGGCCACUUUCCGUAACAACAGUCUGUCGACCCCUCCACGCAGCCCUUAGCCUCCCCCUUACAUUUCCCCUGUCCUCUCUCUACGCCGACAGAGACUCCUGGGAUCGUCCGUCCUCCACCGAGAGUCCAGGGUUUCAGAGCCCGGACUCUUCCCAGCCACAGAGGAGAACAUCGCAGAGUUCACUGAAGGAGAAAUCAAUCCGGCGAAAGAUGCGAGUUUAUUCCCCGGACAGCCUGAACAAUGAAUCUCUCAGCAGUCCGAUUCUUGAUGAGGACUGCAUCUUCCCGGGACCUUUUUCAUCCCUGCUGGUGGAGGACCUUGGUGGAAUAUCUUCCCUCGAGUUGGUAACAAGUCCUUCAUCCAUAGCAGGUGCUACAGGCCUGCCGAAUCCCAGUCAUCCUGACAAUUUAAAUUUGCCAGAGGAACCACUGCACAUAACAGAAGACUCAAUACCAGGGCUGGGAGAGGACUGUGGGAAUGCAAACACUUUAAAUGUCGCAGGGGGGAGCUCUUUUUCACGAUCUCGAAAUGGGGACCAAGAACGCCGGCGUUUCUCAGCUUCAGAGCUAAUAUCCAGACUGCAGCUGUCCCAGAGGAAGAGCUCCUUCACCCUGAAGUUGGGUAAAUCGCUUUCUGCUCGGGUAACCUCGAGAGAUCGCCAGAGCUCCUACAGCCUGAGUCCUAACCCCGACUAUAAGUCUACCUCGAAGCAUCGCAGCUCAGGCGGUUCUAGUGAGAGCGCCCCCAACAGUCCGGUAGGACCUCCUCCGUCACUGCCCAACAGUGAGAGUGGGAUGCCUUUACAUCGCUGGAGCACAAAGCUUGGAAUGCGAAAGAAAUCCACAGAGGAAGACUGGGGCACUUCUCCUACUGUUCCCUGUUCAAAUCGUCUGUCACGUUUUCUGCCAAAUUCAAUUCUGUACCAGGAAUACAGUGAUGUUGCCAUCAACAGAGAGAUCCAGAGGCAGCAAGGGAAGGAGCCAGGCACAGAGGAGGAGGGACUUAGGGAAGAAGGGUCAGAUGAUUCCCCCUCUCCAUCUAAUCUGUCUCCAUCCAGCUCCUUUCGUUCUUCACGUGGCUCGGCUUUCGCCCUGUGGCAGGACAUCCCUGAUGUACGAUGCAGCGGUCAACUUGACAAUUUCAGCAACGAGGAAAGGAAGCUACAGGAGGCAAAAUUUGAGCUGGUGACCUCUGAAGCAUCAUACAUUCGUAGCUUGGCUAUCGCGGUGGACCACUUUAUGUUGUCCCAGGAGCUCGGAGAGUGUCUGGGGGCUCAGGAUAAGCAGUGGCUCUUUUCCAAGCUGCCUGAAGUCAAAGAUGUCAGCGAGAGAUUCCUUCAGGACCUGGAGCGUCGACUGGAGGAGGACAUUCUGCGAUUUGACGUGUGUGACAUUGUCUUGGACCACUGCCCGGCGUUGCGUAGGGUCUACUUACCCUAUGUAACCAACCAGGCCUACCAGGAGCAGACAUACCAACGCUUGCUGCAGGAGAAUCUGCGAUUCCCCAGUAUCCUGGCUCGCUUGGAGGAGUACCCAAUCUGCCAGAGACUUCCUCUUACCUCCUUCCUAAUCCUCCCAUUCCAGCGGAUCACACGGCUCAAGAUGCUGGUAGAGAAUAUCCUGAAGAGAACUACACCUGGCUCGCGAGACGAGGACACUGCCACUAAAGCUUUUAAUGAGCUUAAAAAGAUCAUAAAAGAAUGUAAUUCAAGUGUGCAAUCAAUGAAAAGGAUGGAGGAGCUUAUUCACCUCAAUAAGAAAAUCAAUUUUGAGGGCAAGAUAUUCCCUCUGAUCUCUCAGUCUCGCUGGCUGGUGAAGCACGGUGAGCUGCUGGAGGUGGACACUCAAACCAUGAGUAUUUCCGGGUCAAAGUUCAAGUUACCCACCAAGCCUGUGUACCUUCACCUGUUCAACGACUGUCUUCUAUUGUCUAGAAGAAAAGAUACGUGGAAGUUCAUGGUGUUUGUGCAUGCCAAGAUUGGAGAACUGAAAGUGAAGGACCUCAGUCAGAAGCUGCAGGGGAUUUCGGGCUUCAUCUUCCACCUGCAGCUGUGUGGAGGCCAGCAGCUCAAACACCAGAUCCUGCUCAAAGCCCUCACCGAGAGUGAGAAGCAGAGGUGGAUUACAGCUAUGUUUCCAUCCAACCCACUGGAGGACAUUGAGCAGGCCGGCGAGAAUGACGAUCUAUCUCAGGUUCAGUGUAUCAAGAGUUAUCAGAGCCAAGAGCAUGAUGAAUUAACAUUGGAAAAGGCUGACAUUCUUCAAGCCAAGACCAUUACAAGCGACGGCUGGGUUGAAGGGAUCCGACUAUCUGACGGGGAGCGGGGCUGGUUCCCCAAAUCCUAUGUGGAGGAAAUCACAAGUCGCAGUGCGCGUCUCCGAAACCUCCGAGAAAAUAUCCGCAUCAAGUGUGUCAUGCAGAAACUGGAGGGGGAGCACUAAAGUUCUUUUUGUUUUUUUGUUUUUUAUUUUCCCCCCUUUUUUCUCCCCAAUUGUAUCUGGCCAA